AUGAGCAUGUUUAAGAGGAUAUUUAAAAGCGCAAACAAGGAAAAUGAGCCUUCGACGACCGAAGCGAUCCAAAAGUUGAAACAGACCGAGGAAAUGUUAGAGAAGAAGCAAGAGUACUUGGAGAAAAAGAUUGACACAGAAAACACAGUUGCCAAGAAGUACGCAAAGACGAACAAGAGACUUGCCCUUCAGGCCCUGAAGAGACGAAAGAGACUCGAAAAACAACUAAACCAAAUCGACGGGACGUUAUCUACCAUAGAAUUCCAACGUGAGGCUUUAGAAAGCUCUGGAACCAACACAGAAAUCUUGAAAAAUAUGAGCUAUGCGGCAAAAGCGCUAAAGAGCGUGCAUGAACAACUCGACGUCGACGACGUUCAAGACAUUAUGGAUGAUAUUCACGAGCAAACAGAAAUUUCGAAAGAGAUUUCAGAAGCCAUCUGUGGUGUUGGUUCGAAUCAAGACCUCGAUGAAGACGAGCUAAAUGCAGAGUUGGAGGCGAUCGAACAAGAAGUUCUUGAUAAGGAACUUGUUGGAAUGGAACGUCCCACUCUGGAAUUACCAAACGUUCCAGCGGAAGAUCUACCGACGAAAGCGAAAUCUAUACAGCAUGAAGAUGAUCUGGAAGAGCUUCAAGCUUGGGCUAUGUAA